GGCGCCGCGCCUGCCCUGAGCCCCCCCAUGCGCCGGCGAUGAUGAUGGCGCGCAAACAAGAUGGCCGCACGCCCACCUACAACGUCAGCGUGGUGGGGCUGUCCGGCACCGAGAAGGAGAAGGGCCAGUGCGGCGUCGGCAAAUCCUGCCUGUGCAACCGCUUCGUGCGGCCCGGCGCCGACGACUUCCACUUGGAGCACACGUCCGUCCUCAGCACCAGUGACUUUGGGGGCAGGGUGGUCAACAAUGACCACUUCCUCUACUGGGGCGAGGUGGCGCGGCCGCUGGAGGAGUGCGUGGAGUGCCGGAUCCACGUGGUGGAGCAGACGGAGUUCAUCGACGACCAGACCUUCCAGCCCCACCGCAGCACGGCGCUGCAGCCCUACAUCAAGAGGGCGGCGGCCACCAAGCUGGCGUCGGCCGAGAAGCUCAUGUACUUCUGCACCGACCAGCUGGGCUUGGAGCAGGACUUCGAGCAGAAGCAGAUGCCCGACGGCAAGCUGCCGGUGGACGGCUUCCUGCUGUGCGUGGACGUCAGCCGCGGCAUGAACCGCAACUUCGACGAGCAGCUCAAGUUCGUGUCCAACCUCUACAACCAGCUGGCCAAGACCAAGAAGCCGGUGGUGGUGGUGCUGACCAAGUGCGACGAGGGCGUGGAGCGCUACAUCCGCGACGCCCACGCCUUCGCGCUGGGCAAGAAGAACCUGCAGGUGGUGGAGACCUCGGCGCGCUCCAACGUCAACGUGGAGCUGGCGUUCGGCACGCUGGUGCAGCUGGUGGACCGCAGCCGCGGCAAGGCCAAGAUCAUCCCCUACUUCGAGGCGCUGAAGCAGCAGAGCCAGCAGAUCGCCGCCGCCAAGGACAAGUACGAGUGGCUGGUGAGCCGCGUGGUGAAGAGCCACCACGAGGCCUGGCCCGGCGCCAGCCGCAAGAUGCAGCCGGCGCCCGAGUUCCAGGAGUACGUCUACCUGGAGGGCACCCACAAGGCCAAGAAGCUCUUCCUGCAGCACGUGCAGCGCCUCAAGCAGGAGCACAUCGAGCGGCGCCGCAGGGUCUACCUGGCGCUGCUGCCGCAGGCGCUGGACGCCCUGGUGCCGGACCUGGACGAGAUCGACCGCUUGAGCCGCGCCAAGGCCGAGAAGCUGCUGGAGGCCAAGCCCGACUUCCUCAAGUGGUUCGUGGUGCUGGAGGAGACGCCGUGGGACGCCACGAGCCACGUGGACGACGUGGACAACGAGCGCAUCCCCUUCGACCUGCUGGAGACGCCGGCGGGCGAGCAGCUCUACGAGGCCCACCUGGAGAAGCUGCGCGACGAGCGCAAGCGCGCCGAGAUGAGGAGGGCGUUCCGCGAGAACCUGGAGAGCUCGCCCUUCGUCACGCCCGGGAAGCCCUGGGAGGAGGCCAGGAGCUUCAUCAUGAACGAGGACUUCUACCUGUGGCUGGAGGAGCCCGUCUACAUGGACAUCUACGGCAAGCACCAGAAGCAGCUGAUCGACAAGGCCAAGGAGGACUUCCAGGAGCUGCUGCUGGAGUACUCGGAGCUCUUCUACGAGCUGGAGCUGGACGCCAAGCCCAGCAAGGAGAAGAUGGGCGUCAUCCAGGAGGUUCUGGGCGAGGAGCAGCGCUUCAAGGCCCUGCAGAAGCUGCAGGCCGAGCGCGACGCCCUCAUCCUCAAGCACAUCCACUUCGUCUACCACCCCACCAAGGAGACGUGUCCCAGCUGCUCCUCCUGCGUGGACGCCCGCGUGGAGCAGCUGCUGGGCUCCCGCUUCUCGCGGCCGCCGCGCCCGGCGCCGGCCGACGCCGCCGCCGCCGACCGCCUCAACCUGGUCAUCCUGGGCAAGGACGGGCUGGCGCGGGAGCUGGCCAACGAGAUCCGCGCGCUCUGCACCAACGACGACAAGUUCGUGGUGGAGGGCAAGAUGUACGAGCUGGCGCUGCGGCCCAUCGAGGGCAACGUGCGGCUGCCGGUCAACGCCUUCCAGACGCCCACCUUCCAGCCCCACGGCUGCCUCUGCCUCUACAACUCCAAGGAGUCGCUGUCCUACGUGGUGGAGAGCGUCGAGAAGAGCCGCGAGGCGGCGGCGGCGGCGGCUCGGCGCGACGGGCACCCGGCGCAGCUGCCGCUGACGCUGGCGCUGGUGAACAAGCGCGGCGGCGGCGAGGCCGGCGGGGAGACGCUGCAGAGCCUGAUCCAGCAGGGCCAGCAGAUCGCCAGCAAGCUGCAGUGCGGCUUCCUGGAGCCGGCGGCGGCCGGCAGCGGCUACGGCCGCAACAUCAACGAGAAGCAGAUCGGGCAGGUGCUGAAGGGGCUGCUGGACGCCAAACGCGGCCCGGCCGCGGCGGCGGCGGCGGCGGCGGGCUCGGCGCCGGGGCCGCGCGAGGCGGCCGACGCCGACCUGCGGGUGGUGAUGUGCCUGAUGUGCGGCGACCCGGCGGGCGCCGACGAGGUGCUGCUGCCCAUCCUGCAGGCGCAGCCGUGCCGGCCGGCGCCCGGCGGCGGCGCCGCGGUGCUGCUGGAGCUGGCGGUGGGCUCGCAGCGGCGCCGCGUGGAGCUGUCGCUGCUGUCCUACCACGCGUCCUUCGGGCUGCGCAAGAACCGCCUGGUGCACGGCUACAUCGUCUGCUACGCCGCCGGCCGCCGCGCCUCGCUGGCCACGCUGCGCGCCUUCCUGGCCGACGUGCAGGACAUCGUGCCCGUGCAGCUGGUGGCGCUGAGCCACGGCCCGGCUGAGGCGGCCGACGGCGAGCUGAGCCGCGAGCAGCUGGCCGAGGGCGAGGAGAUCGCGCAGGACAUCGAGGCGCGCUUCGCGGCGCCGGCCUGCGGGCAGCACCGCCUGGACGCCUUCCAGCCCUUCUUCAAGGACGCGCUGGACAAGAAGAACAUGGUGGAGGCCGCCCACAUGUACGACAACGCCGCCGAGGCCUGCGGCGCCGGCGAGGACGUCUUCAACUCGCCGCGCGCCGGCUCGCCGCUCUGCAACUCCAACCCGCCCGACUCCGAGGAGGACGCCGAGGCGCCGCCGGGGUACAGCCCCUUCCGCGAGGAGCCGGCGCCGCCCCGGGAGCUCUCCAAGCUGUCGGCGGAGUUGGAGGGCAACGACGCGCUGUCCUUCGUCUCGGUGCUGGGCGGCUUCGAGAGCAAGCUCAACAAUAAAAUCGCGCCGGUGCCGAAAGGCAAAGCCGAGCUGGCGUUCCUGGAGCAGGGCCGGCGGCGCUCGGUGUCGGCGUGGCCGGCCGGCGACUGCUUCGACCCGUCCGACUACGCCGAGCCCAUGGACGCGGUGGUGAAGCCGCGCAGCGAGGAGGAGAACAUCUACUCGGUGCCGCACGACAGCACCCAGGGCAAGAUCAUCACCGUGCGCAACAUCAACAAGGCGGCCUCCAACGGCAGCGGCAACGGCUCGGACAGCGAGAUGGACAGCGGCUCCCUGGAGCGCGGCCGCAGGGCUCCGGCCGCCGCCAAGCCGCUGCUGUACCGCGCCCGCUGCGCCCGGCUCGGCCGCUUCGCCGGCUACCGGCCGGGGCUGGGCGUGGGCAGCGACGACGAGCUGGGCCCGGGGAGGAAGAAGGACGAGGAGGUCGGAGGCCACGGGGGCUACAAGGGAGGGGACAACGCGGUGAUGGCCUUCGAGGCGGCCGACGGGGAGGAUCCGCGCAGGAGGAACAUCCUGAGGAGCCUCAGGAGACCCACCAAGAAGCCCAAGGCCAAGGCGCGGCCGUCGCUGUCCAAGGCGCCAUGGGAGAGCAGCUACUUCGGGGUGCCCCUGGCCAGCGUGGUCACCCCCGAGCGGCCCAUCCCCGUCUUCAUCGAGCGCUGCAUCCAGUACAUCGAGGCCAUCGACCACGGGCUGGACCUGGCCGAGAAGGAUUUCACCGUCAACGCCGUGGCCGGAGCCAUGAAAAGUUUCUUCUCGGAGCUCCCGGAGCCGCUGGUGCCGUACUCGAUGCAGCUGGAGCUGGUGGAGGCCCACAAGAUCAACGACCGGGAGCAGAAGCUCCACGCGCUCCGGGACGUCCUGAGGAAAUUCCCCCGGGAAAACUACGAGGUCUUCAAAUACGUCAUCGCGCACCUCAACAGGGUCAGCCAGCAGCACCGCGUCAACCUGAUGACCAGCGAGAACCUGUCCAUCUGCUUCUGGCCCACGCUGAUGCGGCCGGACUUCAGCACGAUGGAUGCGCUGACGGCCACCAGGACCUACCAGACAAUCAUCGAACUCUUCAUCCACCAGUGCCCCUUCUUCUUCCCGCUGCGGCCGCCCCCGGACACGCCCGGCUCGCCCGGCCCCGCCCCGGCCACGCCCUUCCCGCCCUCCCCCCCCCGGACGCCGUCGCCGGAGCCGCCGGAGCCCUGA